UCGCUGAAAGCAACUCAUAAGCCAAAGUCCGAAAAGUGUUUAGAGCAAUUAUAAUCAACUAGUUGAGUUGUUAAGUAAAGUGAUACCGUUGAUAACGCUUGCAUCUAUCUAUCAAUUAUCUCGUGAUACUUGCGUAAUUACUUGCACAAUUUAAAAAGUUAUUAUAAAAAGUGUGUGAAAUUAUUAAUAUAUUAGUACAUAUUUUCGAUUCUCUGACGUGCGAUUGAGUUAACUUACUUCCAAGCAUACAUUUAGGCGCCAAAUGAAAAGUGCAAAAACUUGCAGAUAAAAAAAAAAACAAAUAAAUUGAACAGGCGAAAAAGUAAUUAGCGAGCGGUGUGAAGUGCAAUUGGCAGCGUUCGUGUCACAUUAAUUGAAAAAGUUUCAUUUGCUUCUCUCACUUGCUUGCUGGCUAAAACUAUCUAAAAUAUUCCAACACUUUCACUAAGUUGACUUAGCAGUUGUUUGCAUUUUUUGGCGGUGUUUGCAUUGCAUGUGGUUUUAGUGUUUUUGUGCGGCGACAUACAUAUUUACAUUUAAUCAAAAAAACGCUGUGUUGCGAGCAAAACGUGCGCUAAAAGGGUAAUAACUAAGGACAUAAUAAGCGAUUUUAAUUGAAAAAUUCCACUCUGCGGGGAUAGAGACAAAAUUCAGUAGCUGACAAAUACUUAAGCAGCUAUCGAAAAAGUUUCAACAACUUUAAAACAACAACAGCUACAACAGCAGCACCAAAAACCGACAUCUAUACAAAAGCGAAAAACAAAAAAAGCAUCAACAUGUGUCUUUCACAACCGUUAAUGAAUGCGCUCGCAUUUAUUUGUUUGAGCGCACUGCUCUGGCAGCAUUGCUGUGCUGAUAUACCGGACAACAAUGUCAUCAAUAAUUUGUACGACAAUUUACUGCAACGUGAAUAUGCCGGUCCUGUAGUUUUUCCUAACCAUCAGGUCGAACGGAAAGCUCAACGUUCUCCUUCCCUGCGGCUGCGUUUUGGUCGCCGCAGCGAUCCGGAUAUGUAUUUGCCCGCCGAGAAACGUUGGUUUGGCGACGUCAAUCAGAAGCCAAUCCGUUCGCCUUCAUUGCGUUUGCGUUUCGGGCGUCGCAGCGACCCGAGCAUGCCAUUGCACAGCGAAUUAGAUGCUCUAAUGAACGAUUUGGCAAGUGUGAGCAACAAUGGUGGCAUUGCCGAUGCAGAGGAUGCAACUGCAUUUUUUGGCGAUGAAUAUCCAGAGGACAUUAUGGAGAGCGCUUUUGAGCGUGUUGUGCGUAAGCCACAACGUUUACGAUUCGGACGCAGCUUGCCGAGAAUACAGAACAAUGUUGAUGACGAAUUAGAGCAAACCCGCGAACAACGCCAACAAACAGAGGACUUUUUCAACUCGCUGCUGACUUCGGAAAAAUUACACAACAUGUUGCUCUCACUACGUCAAUUCGAUGGCGAACCUUUGGCUGCUGAUGAUAAUGAAUUCCAACGUGAAGUACGCAAACCAGCGCCACUCCGUCUGCGAUUUGGCCGUAGCACUGGCGGAAAUGCAGAAGCGCAAAAGAUAGUCACUGCACAAAAUGCAUUAGAUGCGAACAAAAGUGUAGCAGUUGUCGCACCGCCACAACAACACCAACAAGCACAAAAUAAAAAUUAAAUACAGCAAAGUAUGUAACCUACAAUCCACACAUAUGUACUUAGAACAAUUGGCAACCAAACAAGGAAGGCUAACUGCAGAUAGGCAAGGGCGUGCAAAAAGUGUUAAGAAAGAAAUUUUAUGGUGAGAACGUGCGAAGAUAAAUUUAAUUUUAAAUACAUACCCCCCGGAGAAAAAUGCAAAAACUUGUCAUAAUCUAACCCUAUAAAUAUGCCCAUAAAAUUUAACGGUAAAAAAUAUUUAAACUUUAAGCUUUAAAAUUGACUUAUACUUAUAUGUAUGUACUUAUACAUUUUCAUUUGUUUCAAAGCUGUUGUGCAAUGCAGUCUACUCCAGGAAAAAAAUUUAAAAAUUAUUUUUUUUUUAUCUCACA